AUAAAAGCACAGCAUUCCUAAUUUUGUCGUUCGGCGACCGGAAUGGUAAGACGCUUAUUUGGUUGCUAUGUCGGAUGUUUGUGUCAUUUAACGGAGAAUUUAAGAUGAUGUCUUACACCAAAGUUCUCAAACUUACCUACACUACAUGGAGACUAAGAAGAGGCUUUGACACUGCCGUUAAUGAUAUUUAAUCUCUGAGCAUCUUAGUUACCAUGGGGCACGGGGCUAGUACCACCGGUGUGAAGAAGGUUGCCCUUAUCAAGGAGCAGGGGGAGCAGGAUCCUAAUGAAUCCAGACCUGUAUGGACAAGAUCAAACUCAGAUGGCUGCAUUGUGGAGAAUCUCAACUCCAGUAAAACCAAGGUGGAUCUACUGGGUCAGCAGGUCUCAGAAUAUAAAGAAUUAUUGAACGCAUCAGAGAUCAAAAUAGAGGAAGCAGUGGACAAAGCCAAUAUUCUAGAAAAACAGCUUGCGGAAGUGGAGGGAGUCAACUUUGAGUUGACCGACACCGUGAGUGACCUUCAGCAGCAGGUAGAGUCCCUUCAAGCCAACUCAGGGCCAGAGGUCAACAGACAGCUAGAGGAGGAGUUGACCACUAGCGACCAGCAAGUUGAGAAGUUGGAGAUGCAUAUCAAGUUAUUAGAGGAGCAGAUGGCUAGCAUGCGUUCCAAGUUUCGUAAAAAGUUGAGGGCAGCAAACACUCAGGUGACAGAAGCUAAACAAGAGAGCUCUCUCAAACUGUACAGCCUCAAAGACCAGAUUAAACAGAUGGAAGAAGAGAACCUUAAACUUACAGGUCAGACAAUGGCAUCUUUGAACCAUUCUGAUUCAUAUUUCUUUGUUGUGUAUGUAUGUAUGUUUGUAUGUAUAUAUCUAUCUAUCUAUCUAUCUAUCUAUCUAUCUAUCUAUCUAUCUAUAUAUCUAUCUCUUUAUAAAUGUUAAUUGUUAUUGCCAUUCAUAAUUGUAACCGCUGCCUUGAGGUUCAGGUUCUCUUUUGAAUCUAAGGCUAAAGGAGCAAACCCUAACAGAAAACCAUGCCACCGUGGCUGCAUUGAGGUCGAUUGACGAUAAAGAACUCCCGACAUCCUUCGACUAGUCACUGCAGGGUCUAGUGGUUCACACCCGUCCUGGCUUGUCCUUGCCGGUGUGUGAAAUUGCCACCAGUUCCCAGAGAGAGUGCCGUUAGUGACUUGCAAGAGCUACCGGUACUUACCCACCUUUGCAAGCAGCCUUCAUGAAAGUGAAGGCGGUCAUUGUUGCUUUGCAACAGACAGCUACUACUACUACUAUCUAUCUAUCCAUCUUUCUGUCUAUCUAUCUAUCUUUCCGUCUAUCGAUCUAUAUAUGUAUCUUUGUCCCAUAGCUUGGUGGCCGUUUGGGCAACAA